AAAUGUCAUAAUGUUUGGUGUUUGAAAAUUUGGUGAAAUAAAUCUAUAAAUAUUACGAUAAUAAUAAGACAUUUAACUAAUUUGGAGUUAGAUUGCUAAAAUAUCCUACUUAUAGUAGUUUAUGCUAAAAAUAUUUUAUAAGUAGGUCAAUUGAUUGUUAGCGGAUUGGUUACCGGUACGUCAGGAAGCUUCGUAAUCAUAAGUAGUUGGCGGAAUUCAGUUAUUUGUGAAUUUAUAUAAUAACCUAAGACGCAGGUUAUAUGUGCAGUGUUUACUUAAAUCCGCUGAGCAAGAAUUACAUUAUAAGUGUAAGUGGAUAUGGCAGAAAAUGACGAUUAUUUAGAGUCCAUUGACAAUAAUCAUUUGGACGGAACCAACGGUUCAUUAAACAUGACCGACAAUAGCCUCGGUGCAGGAGAUGAGGCGUCUGGUACAGAGGUACCUGACCUAGCUGCUAUUAAAGCUAGAGUUCGAGAAAUGGAAGAGGAAGCUGAGAAAUUAAAACAAAUGCAAACUGAAGUUGAUAAACAAAUGAGCAUGGGUAGCCCGCCUGGACUUACGAGUCCAUUAAACAUGUCUAUAGAAGAAAAAAUUGAAGCGGACAAUAGAUCAGUUUAUGUUGGCAAUGUGGAUUACGGAGCGACAGCUGAAGAAUUAGAACAACACUUUCAUGGUUGUGGUUCAAUCAACAGGGUGACAAUAUUAUGUAAUAAGUUUGAUGGUCAUCCUAAAGGCUUUGCUUAUAUCGAAUUUGGGGACAAAGAUAGCGUACAAACUGCCAUGGCUAUGGACGAGUCUCUAUUUAGAGGGCGCCAAAUAAAGGUUAUGCCAAAGCGCACAAACAAGCCGGGGUUGUCAUCAACCAACCGGCCUCCGCGGUCGAUGCGCGGCCGUGGUCGCUCCUUCCGCGGCGGCUUCAACUCGUACCUGGCGGUGUACCGGCCCAUCCGCCGCGGCAGAGGGUACAGGCGCGGCAUGUAUUACUCCCCGUACUGAGUACGGUAAAACGGGGACUCCGCCCCCGGCCGCAGCCGCGCCGCGCGAUACCCUCGCGAGUGUGUGCGGUGUAGCUAAGUUAGUGUACCGACUGGCGGCUACCUUCAGUGUCGUCAACCGGAUCGCCAAUGGAUUCUGACUCCACUUUAGUUUAUAAAAAAUAUACUUUUGGGUAAGAGGUCAUGUUAUGCUGGUCGGGUCAGACAGUGACAAGUUUGUUCGAUGAAUUGCAAAUUGAACAGUUUAUUGUCAUGUGGAUGUAGACGAGAUGUGACGAUGGAUCGUUCAGUGUGUGCUGUUAUCUUGUAUGGAUUGAUGACUAAAUAUUAAAUUUAAGCUAUGAUGUCCUCCUGAUUUUAGUGUUAAGUGUCGUAUUCUUAUUCAAUUAAAAUUUGCGAUGACUUUAUGAUUAAUUAUAAUAUGAACCGUUUGCGGUAUUCUAGUUAGUAGUUGUUCGAAUGUUUGUAAUAGAAGCAUUUAUUUUUUUAAAA